AUGACAGACAACAAGAGAAAGCGCUCUACGAGGGCGUGCGAAACAUGUCGAGCUCGAAAAGUGAGGUGUGACAUGCAAAUGUUCGGAUCGCCCUGCUCAAAUUGUCGAUACCAACAAAUACCUUGCAACCCAGCCGAGAACACUCGCAUCAAGAAAUACCCGAAAGAUCACUGUCGGCGAUGUAAUACAGAGCUCUUUCACCACUCAGAGCACCAGCAUGAGUCAGAAACAUCAUCGCCAACGGCUUCAUGGAGCCCUGCAGACGGGCAGCGUAACCAUGGCUCGCUGAGCGAACACGAACAAACGAAGCUUCCAGCUUGUUCAACAUAUCAUGACCGUCAGCCAUCUACUGGGAUUGACAAUGACACGACUUUGACGUUCCUCAAACGUCCUCAUUUGCCCGAGGACGAUAUGGUCCACCUUCUGAGGAGAGGAGCAUUCAGGGUGCCUGAACGAAAGCUCGUGCUCGAGCUGCUGACGAGUUACUGCAACUAUAUUCAUCCUCAGCUUCCCGUUCUAGAUCUUCAACCACUUCUAAAUGCUGUCGUAGGCAAGAAUGGUCCGAAGGUCAGCUUGCUCUUGUUUCAAGCAGUCAUGUACGCUGGUAUGGCCCAUCUUGACGAGGAGGUAUUACGAUUAUAUGGCUGUGGGGCUCGGAAUGAAGCCCAGGACAGAAUGUUCAAUCGAGUAAAGCUACUCUACGAGUUUGACGUGGAAGCGGACCUCUUAACAGUUGCACAAGCCUGUCUCUUGAUGUCUAUUAGUCACCAGUGUUCGAAAACGAGCACGAUAUGGUUAGCACAAGGUCACCUUCUGGCGCAAAGAUUGGGAUUUGAGAAUGCAGCGGCAUACUCCCUGAUGAAGGUUGAGCGUUCGAACUCAGGCAAGCGACUGUGGUGGUCAAUCUUCGUACGAGACAAUACCUUGCGGCUGGAACUUGGAACGCCGCAACGGUUGCAGGACACUCCAUACGACGUACCAUUCUUGAGUCUGGAUUGCUUCGACUUAUCACCUUUUCCUACGCACGUGCAGGACGAUCUCUCUGGGGCCACAGUCGUUGACAGCCCCAAGAUGCAUCGACUAAUGAUGCAGUUGGCAGUCCGACGUACGGAGCUGGUCUGCCAUUUGAGCCAGAUUUCAGCCAUCUCAUGUAAACUGCCGGUACUUGCAAAGGUCUUCCAAGGGGUAUCGAUCUAUUUUGAGCAGGCUUUACGGAGAUGGGACUCGGAACUGGAGCCUGAACUACGCUUUAACCCCGGAGCUCCCUCGCCAGUGCUCGACUAUCACCGUGGACUAUUGUCCCUGCUCUUCCUCAGCACAUCAAACACACUUCUCCAGUCUCGAUUACAGCCGGCCAACUCGGACGUGGUAGACCUGGGAGUUCGAUCCAGCAUCGAGCGAGACACGGGAAAGGGUCUCAAGAUCGUCCAGGAGCUGUACUCGUCAGGCUCAUGGCUCCCACCAACUCUGGGCAUGGGCUUGGUGUACAAUGCCAUCAAUCUGUAUGUGGAACUGGCUGAGUGGCGCAAGACGAGACGGUCGUGUCCGCUGCAUCUGGAUGAAGCCGUUGUCUGCUUGCGUUCCUUAGGGAAAUCUCAGCACGGCCGGACAGCCAUCGAAGUUGCUUUGUAUCACUUGGAGUCCCGCAUAAAACGUCUCGGUGUCGAACCCCGCAACGCAGGCCCUGAAGAUGCGAAGCUACUGGAGAAAUUGGGGAGAAAGGACGAUGUCAACCCAUUUGUCACAGCAAAAGGCAGCCACACUGAGCAUCUAAACUCGCCCAAUAUGACCUUAGACAGUGCGGAUGAUCAGCUUGAGGCCAUGUCCGCAGGCUCAUCGAUCGAUGAGCUGUUUGACUGGGCCAUGGAGCCUCAAGAUACUCAGCCACAUUCACUAUGGCAUGCUGAGAGUAUUGCUUGCAACUAGUGUUACGGAAGGGCAAAGCCAGGUGUAACUACGAGCAUUUACACGGACCAACACAACUUUGUACGCAGAUAUGUGCGACUGUCAGAAAGCUGGAAGCACGACGCACACCAAUUUCACCGCC